CUGGGAGCUGUGUUUUCCCCGGAAGUGCCUUCCCUCCUCUCGGGUCCGCGCGGGCGCCGUUUCCUUUACCUCAUUUGUCGUCGCCCCUCCCCGUCCCUCUACGCGUUUUGGUUCCUGGUUGGUGCUUCCUGGUCGCAGCUGCGGCACAUUCAGGUGACUGACUUUCCAUAAUGUUUGGUGGUUAUGAGAGUGUAGAGGCAUAUGAAGAUGACCUCUAUCGUGAAGAAUCAUCAAGUGAGCUGAGUGUGGACAGUGAGGUGGAAUUUCAGCUCUAUAGCCAGGUUCAUUAUGCCCAAGAUCUUGACGAUAUCAUCAAGGAGGAGAAGGAGAAGCAGAAAGAGGACAACUCUGGGAGUUCUGAACCACCCAGUAGUAAAUCGAAUCAGAAUAAUCUAAUCAUCCUUUCGGAUAGUGAAGUCAUACAGCUGUCCGAUGGGUCAGAAGUCAUCACUCUGUCUGACGAAGAUAGUAUUUAUAAAUGCAAAAGGAAGAAUGUUAAAGGCCACACAAAAGAGAAAACACAGAGUCCUCCUACUUCUCUUCGUUCGAAUGGGCUGGCUGGUAAGAAAUGCAAGAGGCGUAAACAGCCAAAACCAGAAGAGAGACCUGCUACACCCCGAGAAGUCAUGAUUAUAGAGGUCAGUUCAGGUGAAGAGGAAGAGAGCAGCAUUUCAGAGAGCGAUGAGGUGGAGAGCUGGAUGUUCCUGGGAGGGGGAGUUGAAGAUAAAGAUGACGACAUCCUUCUCAACCUUGUGGGAUGUGAAAACUCUGCUAUUGAAGGAGAAGAUGAAGUAAACUGGUUCAUCAGUGACAAAGACAUUGAGGCUCGGAUAUGUAAUAACAGAUCAUCUGGAAGAUGGACCAACCGAUACUAUUCAGCCAACAAAAAUGUUACCUGCAGAAAUUGUGACAAACGUGGCCAUUUGUCAAAAAACUGCCCUUUUCCACAAAAAGUUCGUGCCUGCUGCCUCUGCUCUGAGAGAGGACAUCUCCAGUAUGCCUGCCCAGCUCGCUUUUGCCUAGACUGUUCUUUGCCUAUGUCUUCUACUCACAGAUGUCUGGAAAGAUCUUCAUGGAGAAAACGAUGUGAUAGGUGUGAUAUGAUUGGCCAUUAUGCUGAUGCUUGCCCAGAAAUCUGGAGGCAGUAUCACCUAACGACCAAUCCUGGUCCUCCUAAGAAGCCGAAGAUGCCUUCUGGACAAUCAGCCUUAAAGUAUUGCUACAACUGCGGGCAAGAAGGCCAUUAUGGACACGAAUGCACAGAGAGGCGAAUGUUUAACCAGACUUUCCCAACAUCUCCAUUUAUCUACUACUAUGAGGACAAACACGAGAUUCGGGAGAGAGAACGGAGAAUAAAGCGAAAAGUAAAAGAACUCCAGAAAAAUGGGGAUUUACCAAAGCAGUUCAAGAAGCCUCAUGUGGAAACAACAGAUAGGAGGCCUCAUCACAAUAAGAAGAAGACUCAUGCCUCAUGGAAAAGCAACAAGUGGUCUCAUGAGAAGAAGGAAAUCCAAAAAGAAGCUGUGAGCAGAAACAGUAAAAAACAGGAGAAGCUCGGGAAGGCUUUCAAGUGUCACGAAGCUGACGAGGACUUUCCCAGGGACCCGAAACUCCAGAAGCCUCACAAGUCCCUUCACCACUCAUCACAUCACCACAGAUCCAGAGGAGACAAGCUGCCCAAAGACAGCAAGCGAGGCAAACACAAGAAAAAGGAGAACUACACGAAGGAGGAGGACAAUGAUAACUUAUUUCUUAUCAAGCAGAGGAAAAAGAAGUCUAGGCUGCAAGACAGCUUCUGAUUUCGUUCCCAGCAUCGUGUGGUCUCCACAACUCCAGAGCCAGUCUGCAGAACUCUGUUGUCUUCGAUUAUAUUAAGCAAACUGUUCUCGCCCAUGCCAGAGCUCCUGAAAUACAGUUGCUGGGAGAGCUUAGUUCUCUGUGUCCGACAGAGCACUGGGGGGUGGGGUGGGGGAACUGUCCUAGCAUGUCUUCUAUUUUUACUGGGUUUUUUAAAUUAUUUUUUAAAAAUAAAGCUUAUCAAAUGUAAUUCAUCUACAGUGUGAAUAUGAGAAUAAAACUGUUUUGGUGGAAGAAAAAUCAACUCUGAUAUGAAAAAUACAUGAGAUUUUCCCCCCAGCAAUCCUUUUUCCUUCCCCUUUUCUUUUUGAUUUUUUUUCUCUGCUUUUGUUUUUUUAACUUCAUGUUUUUUGCUUUGCUUUGCUUUUUCUUUAUUUUGGAAAGGGCACUAUACAUCUAAACUCAGCUGUUCUUGCUUCUAAAGCUGGUAUCAGGAGCUUCCGAAGAUCAGAUGGUCCCAGGCCGGAAAUGAAGGUGCCCUUAUCCAAACUUAAAGAGGCAAGAAAUGGGACCAGAGAAAACUACAGAUAAGGGGCACAUUCAGUUUCAACAUGGCAAGACAUUUCCUGAAACUAGUGAAAAAAGAGUCAUCAGAGAUUUUCAUGUAAUUACAGUGAGUUUUUACAGCCACACCUCAAUAAGACUGUCAUUCAGAUAUGCAGUAAAGAACAUUGCCCAACUUAAGAAAUUGUUUUUGUUUUCAUGAGACUUAAAUACCACAAAACUCUACAGUUUUUUGUACUCAUGAAUAUUUUGUACCUAUCGAUGCCUAGUAUUAGAAUAAAAAAUAAAUGUCUGA